GUUUUUAAAAUAUUAAUUAAAUAAAUAAAUAAAUAGAAAAAUAACUUACAUUUCAUCGAUCCCCGUAGGGUAAUUUGGGUUACAAUGGCGAACAUAUUUAACACAAAUAUAUAAUUAUUGUAAAUACAUACAUGCUUACAUAAAUACAUGCACAUGUACAUACAUAAAUACACCUUAGUACACCAAUUACAGAACAAUUUCGCAAUCAUGCCAUAAUUCUUUAUAGUCGAAGUCUAUACGUUCUUAUACGUUCUCUGACCGUCUAGGUCGAAGUACUCCUAAGGGCGUUCUGUUAGCUCUUUUGGUAUCAACUAUCGACAGUGAACGAUCUUGUCAGUUUGUUAGUGUUUGAGCGCUUAAUCAGCUGCUUGCACUGUAUGCCUCACGGGAAGCCGAGAGUGUGUCUGAGUGUUCUGUGGUCUGCUGGGGUAACAAUAAAAGCGCACAUAGCUUGCUGUAGGGCUGGGUAAUGCGCUAAACAAAUGAUAUUUAUUAUUACUAUUAUCGUGCAGGGUUACGGAGCAGAUAGUCCGAAUUCAAAUCCCAGGCUUGGUGUUCUCGAACUCGGGUUUGUUUGUGAAGUUGCCAAGACUCUCAACCCAUUUCACUCGGUCCUAUCGAAGACGGAAGUUAAAUUUAGAUGCCCUGCUUUUAAUCUAACCUAACUAUGUUAUAAGGGCGUUACCACAGUAGGCCUACAUUUACGUUUAAAAAGUACGAUAACCAAUUAUUCUGUUUUACUUUCCCAGAAUGCCUCAGUGUUACAACCCCUCCCUUGUCGCUGACCAGGACACAUCAGCGUUCGGCAAAAACUCUCGCUACAUGAAAGCCAACAACUUCAACCUCCAUACGUUACGGCGAGUCAAUGUUCUGAACUCUUUAGAGGCAAAGUUCACCAGAAUGCGACUUUCAGUGAUGGAAAGAAACACACAAAAUCAACUUAAGAUGAGAAGUCAGGCGAGAGUAAAUAUUCUAGAAUCCUACAAACGUACACUGGCCUACAGAUUAGUGGUAAAGAAACAUCCCAUUCGGAAAAACCCGGAUUUUAACGCCGCUCUCAAUGAUAACUACUCUUUUCACAGCCUGCGGCAUGAGAUAAAAGCCAUGUUGAACGACAUCGAUCCAAACAUUGUCAGGCACAGAAAGGCGCGGGAGCGAGUUCACGAGUGUAAAGACACAUAUCAGGGCGUGAUUGCUCAAAAUUUGGCCAAAAUUGUAGACAUUGUGCCCAAAAAGCGUGUGGUUCCCGAGGUUGUGACAGAAGUGGAGUCUCGCACCCCGACGCCACCACCGCCCCCGCGCACGUUCCGGAGAUCGAUCAUCGGCCCACCACUCCGGGGGUUGGCGAAGGAGGCCCAGGGAGUGACGCUGAAGAUGGUCAAGGAGAAAUCGUGGAUGGGCGUGGCCUCGCCGAGCGGUCAAACCGCAGGAUCUCCGAGCAAGACACCAGGAUUGAUAAAUCCUCGACCAGCUCUGCCGCCCAUCCAGGGUGCUCCCCAUGAGAUUGAGGCAGCGGCCUGAGCAUUGGACACACGACAUUUCGAACUUGUCCAGAGUUGGUGUUCCUUUCGGAUCCUUUCUUUUCUUUUUUUUUACUUUUCUUUUUUUUUUUUAAAUCUGUUUGAUUCAUGUUUCAUUUGUAUUGACGAGAUGUUUGAUGUUUUGCUUGUGAUUUUGCUUUCCUCUUCAGAUUUGUUUGUAGGUUUGUUCGCUUCUAUUGUUUGGUUUUACAUUGAUUUGAUAGUUCGUAACCCCCCCCCCCCUCCUUUCCACACACGCACACUCACACACACACACACUCACACACAC